AUUUUCUAUGCCAUCUGCGGUUUUCUUUUCCUCUGGUUGCUUGCCGCUCCAGGUGCUGGUCUCAUCUGUAACUUGAUUGGAGUUGUCUAUCCUGCCUAUGCUUCAGUUGUUGCUUUGCGUUCGGCUGGGAAAGGACGACACGCAGUGGCUCGUGUAUUGGACUACCUAUGGAACUUUCUCUCUUGUGGAUCAAUUCGCCGACCGCAUCACUCCCUACUUUCCGCUGUAUUGGCCGCUCAAAGCGCUCUUCCUUCUCUACUUGUAUUUGCCUCAGACUUAUGGAGCGCAGAAUAUGUACGUCAAGUACCUCGACCCGGCGUUCGAUAAGUUGGCGAAACGAGUGGCGGCAAUGUAG